GGCUGAUUGUACUCUCAGUUGCAUUGGUUUCAUUGUAAAGAGUAUAGUCUGUCGCGUGGCGAUCAGUUUACUGCGGAGUCAUUUGAUACCUGUGAAAAGGACCUUUCUGCUCUGCUCUGGGGGGGUACGUUGCGGCCAGGUACAGACACAUGCCGAAUGUCCCAUCUACUUCCAGUGUUGCAAGCUUCGGAGCCGAGAUGACGUACAUCGCCAAGACUUUCUAUGACCUGAAGGCCACCUCGCUGGAGGGGGACACAGUGGACUUUAAUGUGUUUAGGGGUAGGGUGGUUCUAAUUGAGAAUGUGGCCUCACUCUGAGGAACCACCACCCGGGACUUCAAUGAGCUCAGUCAGCUGCAGAGCAAGUACCCCCAUCGGCUGGUGGUCCUGGGUUUUCCUUGCAACCAGUUUGGAUAUCAGGAGAACUGCACCAAUGCUGAGAUCCUGAACUCACUGCAACAUGUAAGGCCAGGCAACGGCUUUAAACCCAACUUCACUAUAUUUGAGAAGUGUGACGUCAACGGAGUAAACACGCAUCCGGUCUUUGCCUAUCUGAAAGAUAAACUCCCUUACCCCGAUGACAACCCCAGCUCUCUCAUGCAGGAUCCCAAAUUUCUGGUUUGGAGUCCAGUCAACCGGACAGAUGUCGCUUGGAACUUUGAGAAGUUCCUCAUCGCCCCUGAGGGGGAGCCUUUCAAAAGAUACAGCAGAAAUUUCCCCACCAUUGACAUAGAGCCUGACAUUCAAAGAUUGUUAAGAUUAACUAAGGCGUAGGAACCCCAAUCUUCUAUUUACGUCUAUUUAGGCAUUUCUUUGUGUUUAAGCCUUAAUAAAUGAUGAUGGUAUUCUAAAAAGCUCAGGGAAUAUCAUUUGAAGUCUUAUAAGUGCUUAACAUGAUGAAUAUUUAAAAUACCUGUACGCUUAAAGUAUAAACACAUACCUCUUUUAUGAGAAUUAUUUAUUUAUGCAUGCCUCUUCUGCUUGAAGUUUAAUGCAAGUAAUGCCAGCAGAUGGUGCUGCUUAAUUGUAUUCAGUCAUACAAGUAUGGCCGCAGACAUGUUUUCAUAAAUAGAGAUGAAAUAAAAGCUCUAAGAUAUUG